AACGAAAAAGUAGAACUACAUUACCCAUAACCCAAUCUGGUAUAACAAACAAGGGGUUAAAGGGCAAUAAAAAGAAAAAGUCGGAACUGUUUUCAUUGAAGGUUUGUGUACUAAAAGAUCUUAGGAUGACUUCAGGUGGAUCAGGAGUUCCCCCCACCGACCCGACUGACACACCGAGUCCACAGGCAGGGGUCCCCGCUGACUCUCAGAGUGGCAAAGACACCCCAAAAGCCAAAGGAGAGUCAGCAGAAUGUUGCAAGGAUGGAGCCAAAGUGUGCCAGUUUUUCCGGAUAGGAAAAUGUCAUUUUGGCCUCAGAUGCCGUUUAGCUCACAGUGACCCAUUACAGGAUGAUUCAGGGGCUCUGUGUCCUGGUGUGGAUGAAAAACAGGAAGAAGAAAAACACAAGAACAAGAAGGGCAGUGUGAAUAAAGUGCCAAAGCCAAAACACAACGAGAGAAGAGCAGAGGUGAACAAAAAGCCUCGUAUGCGCACAGCAGAUGAAGUGAUCUCCCGGAUCCUGUGGGACCCAUCGGUGGACGCAUCAGAAUUUGUAGUGGGCUAUGUGGAUCGAUUCCUCGGCGUGCUGGAGCGCCCCUUCUGUGACUUCAACUGGGAGACCAACCCGUGUGACUGUGAUUACACUGUUGAGCUGGCCCUGCCCAGACACAGGAUCCAGUACUUUACUUACAGAGGGCACCGUGUCUGGGACCGCCACACCAGGACUGACCGAGUUUUCGGUUCCACAGGUCAAUCUCUGGCUCCCCCCUUUGGAGGGGAAGAGGAAGUAAGAGAAAAUACAGCAGCGCUUGAAACAACUAACGAGCAGCCACCUGCAGAGGAAGAGAAGCCGAAUGAGACAAAUAUUCACACCCCUGAGUCUGCACCACCACCACCACCACCACCACCAGAGUGUACAGGAAACACUUCUCAGGAACAACAGGAGUCACGAGGACCAUGUGUUGUGGAGGAGGCUGCAGAUAGACAUCAGGUUUCAGCUGAUCAGAGUUCCUCAACCGAAGAGGAGGCACUGGGUGUAAAAGAGGAGGGUGAGGGGGAGAUUCUGCCAGAAUGGGAGGAAAGCUGGGAAGGCCAUGAAGACUGUAUAAGUUAUCCUGCAGCCCAACAAGUUAGCAAGAAUCCAUCUGUACCUCUGGAGCAGAGAGAAGAGAAGCGUGGUGGUCGCCCCCCUAAGAAGAGACCCACACACUUCAUCACCUUCCGGGCCAACACUCCUGCCAUCCUCUCCUGUUUCCAGCAGUUGCAGAAGGAGCUCACCUCCCUCAUACCUUCCUCUGCUCCUCACUGGCAAACCGCCUCCAGCCUUCACGUCACCCUGUGCCUCCUGGUGCUGCACAGCCCCGCUGAGGUGGCGGCUGCUGGGGAGAUCCUCCAACGGUUUGCACAACUGGACCGAAACCCGCCGGUAGCUGUGACCUUUCCUGUGAAGCUGAAACAUUUCAAUGGGAAGGUGCUGUACGUGAGUCCUCAGCCUCAGCUCCACCUACAGCAGCUCAACAGCGGUCUGCAGGAGGCCUACAGGAAAGAGGGUUUUCUUCACAGGGACUCCUACAACCCACGCUACCACCUCAGUCUGGCCAGGGUACUGGACAGGGAGGCCGAGAGGAUAUUUGAAGGUGUGGGGGACCUGAGGGUGGGGAAGGGCUUAAACUUUGGGCGUCUGCCAGUUAACACCUUACACCUUUGUGCCAUGGGCGGCUCUAAAGUAGACGGUUUUUAUGAGAGGGUGUGCACGGUAACACUUCGAUGAUAAAGAAGUCUGAUUUGCAGACAUUACUGGGUGCAAUAAGCCACGCCUUUAAGGUGUCGCGGAUAAAUACAACAAAAUAAAACUAGUACCGGUACCGAAAAAAGCAGAUUUAUUCAUCACACACGUGAUAAGACCUGAAAACCGAGUUAACGAUAAAAACGAUAACAAAAUAACGCUGAAAACCGAUAAAAACCCUGAAAGCCAUACAUUUCACACCUGAGCCUCAACUCUCGCGGCCCGGUACCAAACAACUCACGGACCGGUACCAGUCCGAGGCCCGGGGGUUGGGGACCGCUGUGUUAAGGUACUAAAUCUCAUGUUUCAUAUUUCUAGAUGAGAUAUAGAGGAAAGAAAAGGGCGGGGAUGAGCUGUAAACAUCACUAAAGCUUAAAACAACAUCCUGGCUACAAUACAACAUAUAAAUAAUUAAUCCACAAUUUUAAAAAAACUGCUUAAGGUGCUGAAGUUUUUAGAGCAGCAGUCCAUUUUAAAAAUGUUAGCUCUGGUUCUUUUAGCCAUGGAUCUUUACUGCACAGUUUUCAUGUUAUAGUGAAUAUGCUUAAAUUCUGGUUCACUGGUGAAUUCAGUGGUUGUGAUGUUUUAUUUGCUACAGCUAAUCAUAUUUGGGAAAAUCCAGAAACGAAUCCAUAAUUGUUUAAUAAUCAAUAAGCCAAAUAAUGUUUUGCUUGGAGAGCCUUUUUUAUGUAGAGACAGUAAAAACCAUGAAGAACUGUUUGUGCAAACAUGAGCUGGUGCUCAAUAAUAUUUAUGUCUAAUUGACUCGGGACCAUGAGUUUGAUAAUAUCAAUAUUGUUUUUAUUUCUAUGAAGAACUUUAAGAAUGUUUUAAUUGGUCAUCUGUUUUUCUUGGUGCAGAAAUGCUUGUUAUACUUUAUAUCUGAUGGGCCUAAUGAUUGGGGUUAACUUUGACCUGUAAGCAUGCUUAAUUUACACUGUUUUACUACUGCACAGACAAUAAAUUUGAAGCUGAUUAUGGACAUAAAGUGUUCUUUUUAUAGGCCUGAAUAAUUGCUGUUCAUAAUUCAGGGACUUGUACAAUGGGUUUUAUAUGAAUGUUGCAUGGACUGCGCUCCAACAGAAUGAUCCCUUUGUACUCUUUUUACAAAUGAUUAUGACCACUAGAUUAUCAUGUGGAUUAAAUAUUGAAUUUGUUAUUUUAAA